CAAGACGGAGCGCAGGGAGCGUGUUACAGCGGACAGACCUACAGCUUCAGAUAAAAAAAAGUGCUGCCAGAGGAUCUGAAGCAUGAGUACUUGUUCUCGAGCAUCCAGGGUGCGGCAGCACAUCCACUGUGACUCCUGCUACAGCCGGCGCUGCAGGGCUCGGGUGGAGGUCUCUGUGUGCUGUGCGGUCGUGCCCUGCCGCCUGCACUGUGGAGCUCUCUUCCACCUGUGCAAGGAGGAGGAUCACCUGCUGCUCUGCCCCAACGUGAGGGUUCCCUGCCUCAACGCUGAGUACGGCUGCCCGGUCCACCUGCCCCGCUCCUCGCAGGCAGCUCACCUCCAGGUGUGUCCUGCAAGCGUGGUGUGUUGCUCCAUGGAGUGGAACCGCUGGCCGGCCAACGACGCCCAUUCUCAUCCAAACACACAACUACAUGAAAACCUCCUCAGGGAGAGAGAGCAGGGAGGAUGUCUGGACCUGGCCAUGGCCCUGAAAGACCAGGACCUCAUCUUUCACUCCAUGAAGAUGAGGAAACUGUUUCCAGAGCUGAUCCAGAGUGUGGAGGAGGAGGAGAAAGAGGAAGAGAGGAGGGAGGAGGAGAGGAGGAAGGAGAAGCAGAGAAAGGCAGCAGAAAGUGCAGCUGCAAAGGAAGCCAAAGGUCACACCUGGAAGUCUUUUAGCAUGUUUCAUCCUAAUACCCCUGAUGAAAAAGAAGACGAUGAUGAGGAUGAGGAUGAGGAUGCGGAUGAGGAUGAGGAUGAGGAUGAGAAUGGGGAUGGGGUUGUAUAUGAGCGGGCGCUAACCCAGGAGGAGAGGGAGGCUCUAGCCAGGGCCUCAGGAGUAAAUGCUGAUCUUUUGGAGAACUACAACGCCUGGGAGCGGAUGUUCAGCAUGGAGAUGAGUGGCUGCAGGGAGACUGAAGAGGCAGCUGCGGCAGGCCGAGGCCGGGGACUGGCUAAAGGCAGGGGAAAAGGGCUGGGCACUCUGACAGAGGAAGAUGCAGCAGAUAGCUGUAUGGGUGCCACAGCAUCCAACGCCUGCAAACAGGGGAGCAGUGCAUGCAUUGCUUUCUCCACACCUUCCUCCUCCUGUCUCGCUGGAAAUCUGAAGAAGAAAUUUGUGUAUGGACACGUGGAGCCGAUGAAGAUCAUCACCGUGCGUACCUUCAAAGUCCCAACCAGCUUCGCUGCCAGGCAGAGCCGCAUCCGUAACCCUGGUUUCUACAGGAGGGAGAGUCAAGCUGUGGACACCAGUGACCUGGGGGUGGUGCUGGAGGAGAUGCCAGUGUGGGAUGAAGUUCAGGCCUCUCUGCUGUGCUCCCUGGAGAAGGAGCAAAGGGGUCACCUCAUUGCAGAGAGCAUAUGCACAGACGGUCUGUUACAAGAUGAGGGCACGCAGACCUACAGCUUCCUGUCUGCCCCUUUCCGGAGAAACACAUCACUGGCCGAUCUGACUGCUGCCAAGCCACUGGAGCUGCACCUCCAGCUGCAGGUGGAGAGCGUCACCAGCCGGCACCACAAGGCCACCUCCGCCUUCACCUUCGUCUGUGGACACACUUUCCAGCGCCGAGAAUAUGGAAAACAUUAUAAGAAUAUCCACAGUGACAUCCAGAUGGGUGUGAAUGGAUGGUUCGAGCAGAGAUGCCCCCUGGCUUACCUAGGAUGCACCUUCAGCCAGAAGAGGAUGCAGCCCUCCACACAUGAAGCCAACGUCGCCUACAAUGAGGAUCUGGGCUGCUUUAGUCUGCAUCCCACCAUCUCUGUCUCUCUGGGUGACGCCUCCCGGCCGCCCAGGAGCUCAGCGGACUUCUCCACCGCUCAGAGGAAGAGACGAGGCCGGGCAGGAGGAGGGGAGGACUCCCUGAGCUCGCUGCCCUACGAGGUGCUGUGCCACAUGGCCAGUUUCCUGGACAGUCUGUCCCUGUCCCAGCUGGCUCUGGUGUCCCGGCUCAUGAGGCAGGUUUGCUCCUCACUGCUGCAGGACAGAGGGAUGGUGACCCUCCGCUGGGAGAGGAAGACCUACUCACAUGGAGGAGCCAAGUGGAGGGUGAAGCAGAGGGUAUGGCAGUUCAGCACCUUGUUCUCUCCCGUGGACACUUGGUGCUUCCAAGACGUCCCUUCCAUGUCCGAACACCUGAAGGUGUGUCCCUAUUAUGAGACGGAGUCCAGGACAGAGAAGGUUCACCUGCCUCGCAUCAAACAAGAAGUCCAAACCAAAACGAGCUGCAAAGGUCCCACUCUCGUUGACCUGUUCCAGCAGAAGAGGAUCAUGAUGUAGUGUUUAGCACUGACGAGCUGCCGUGUGCUGCUCUAAUCUGCUGAUA